CACUAUGGAUCCACUGCCUACUUCUCAGAGCGUAGUUUUAACGGGAUAUUAUUUAAAUAAUGAAUCCACUGAUGGUGUUGCGAAUAGCGUAAAGGAGGAGACGGAACUCUCUUCACCAGGUCGAAGAUGUGGGCAGUAUAGUAUGAACCAAGUGCAUUCCAGUAACACUAUGGCGAAGCUUCAGUAUGAACGGUCCUACUCCCAGGAUUCUCUGGACGAACUGUCCAUGGAUGACUACUGGAGUGAAGUGGAACACAUCCAAACAACUCAGGAAAAUGAUCAGGAAGAGCGAGAGGAGAUGGCUGUGAAAGUGCCUGAUGAAGGGGAAGUGGAAGAAGAGUGGCUGAAGGACGCAGGUCUUUCAGGACUAGUCAGUGGAGACACCCAGGAGAGCAUGGCAUUACUGUCAACCCUGACCCGUACCCAAGCAGAAGCUGUUCAGAGAAGAGUGGAAACAUUUACAAUGACAAUGAGAAAAAAGAACAAACAACACUUUCCUGAUGUCAGGGACAUCUUUAGUCUACAGGCCUCAAGUACAAAUGAAGCUUCAGCUGCUGCAAUUGAUGAAAAUGAAAGGGAAGAUACCACUGAGAAAAUGGAAGGGCAGCUGAUUGAACCAGCUAUCAAGGCUGAAGGUAUUCAACAAACAGCUGAUAUAAAUUUAGAAAUAUCUUACUCUGAGCAGGCUGCAAAAAGAAAAAAAAAAUCAAGCAACAUAAAUCCCAAAGGAGAGGAUGAUGCAUCCCUGCCUAACUACCGGCUGCCAAAAGAAAAGACAGGCACCACUAAGGCCGGAAAUCUCGCACCUCAGGACAUGAAGAAAGUGCGUUCAUUGGCUCUGAUUGAAAUAACAGCUCUUUACGAUACGGUUGGUGUGGAUUUCAAGCAUCAUAAAGCAAUUAAAGUCAAAAUUAGAGAAACGGGAUUGUUUGGAGUUCCGCUUUCAAUGCUAUUGGAACAGGAUCAGAAAAAAGUACCAGGAACCAGGGUCCCACUCAUAUUUCAGAAACUUAUUAUUCACAUAGAGGAAGAAGGGUUGAACACGGAAGGGAUUCUCCGAAUACCUGGACUUACAUCAAGAAUUAAGAGUCUGUGUGAAGAGCUAGAAGCACAGUUCUGUGAAGGAACUUUUAGCUGGGAAAAUGUACGUCAGCAUGAUGCAGCAAGUAUACUAAAGCUCUUUGUAAGAGAGCUGCCACAUCCGCUUGUCACUCUGGAGUACCUUGAUGCCUUUCUAGCUGUACAAAAUCUAUCAAGUAGAAAACUUCAGCUACAGGCUCUUAACUUGCUGGUGCUUCUCCUCCCAGACCAAAAUAGGGACACACUGAAGUCAUUGCUUGAAUUUCUUCAGAGAUUAAUAGACAACAAGGAAAGCAACAAAAUGACACUAAACAACGUUUCUGUCAUCAUGGCACCCAACCUGUUUAUGUUCAAAGGAUAUUGUACAAAAACACAGUUAGAAAUGGCUGCUGGGACAAGCAACAUAAUGCGCUAUUUGAUUAAAUACCAAGAGUUGCUUUGGAUGAUUCCAAAGUUUAUUAUGAAUCAAGUGCGACAACAAAACAUUGAAAACCAUAAAAAGCUGUCCAAGGAAAAAGCUAUGAAAAAGCUCCUGAAAAAGAUGGCAUAUGAUAAAGAUAAGCAUGACCGGAGCCAAACUGAGAAGAGUCUACCCAAUUCAGUCACUCUUCAAGGUGUAAUACGAGUUCAGGCACCAUCUCUUUCCAAAGUUUCCAUGGCGAUUCAACUAACAGAAGAGCUCAAAGCUGGUGAUAUUCUGGCACGUUUCCAGCAAUGUCUUAGUCAGAGCAGGAUGGCUGAAUCUCCGCACAAAGAGGAAGUUUGCUUAUAUGAAAUUGGAGGAAAUAUUGGAGAACGCUGUCUGGAUAAUGAUACGUACAUGAAAGACCUAUACCAACUUAAUCCAAAUGCAGAGUGGGUCAUAAAGCCUCGGUGUCAAUAAAGUUAUACUAUUAAUAGAAGGACAGCAUGCUUAGGAAAUACUGGAGACGACUGGCCCUGUACAGCAAAGGAAGUGACACCAACCAGACAGACUCUUUAUACCAGUACUGGAAUCUUAUUAUAGGCAGUA